UGAAAACACAAAGAGCGAAUGGAGAAAGGAAACGAACUAUGCAAUUUGAACUGAACAUUAUUCAUCAUUUGGAUCAAUCACAAUGAACACAAUACAUUAUUCUAUACUUCAUCUGAUUAUUCGCGCCAACUUCAAUUAAAAAAAACGUUUAUAUCGAAAAUAAAAUUAUAUAUAUAAAGGAUACAGACAGGCCAGGCGGCCUGGUGUUUUUAAGCCGCCUGCCUGCCUGGACGAGGGUUCGGCCUGGCCUGCCUGUCACAGGCAGGCAGGCAGGCCUAGUGGCCUGGUUGAUGCUCUGGUAACAUUCAUCUAGUAUUUUAUACUCUCGAUAUAAAUAGGAGAGUGAACUAUACAUGAAUUAGAAUUAAAUCGACAGGAAAAGAAUUGCAAAUACAUGAGUUCGAUUUCGGCAGUGUAUAUAAAAAAUAGAUAUUAGCAUAUUAUUUUACUCAUUAUAAUUAAUAAUUAAAAUAAAACUCGAUAAGAAUAUUUUGUGGCGUGUACUUAACUAAUCAAAUUGAUUAUUCUAAAGAAUAUCAUCAUUCAUGUCAUCAGCUUAUCAAAUCUAUCGUUCAACAACUAUUGAUUUGACUCUUCACGAUACCCUUCAUGAACUUGUUUAACGUCAAAUACUUAGUUCUCGUGCUGUUGAUUUUAUUUUUAAUGUUUUUGAUGAAAUUAUCAAUGAAAAAUUAAUUUUUCGACCAGUCAAAGAAAAACCAGAAGCUUGUCUUUCUUUCAACAGCCAUCUUCUUUCCUAUAGAUCUUGUGAUCAAGUAUGGACGCUACUUUUUGACUCAUUAAUAUUAACAUCAACAAAUAAAGAUUCAUCAUGGAAAAUGAAUUUAGCUAAUCAAAGUAACAAAAUAAAAAUAAUUAGUUGUCCUGCAACAAAAUUAACUUUAUCGAAUAGCGAACAAAUAACAACGGAUGAAAAUGAUUUUAAAAUAAAAUCAAAAUCUUUGAAAAAAUUUAAAUCUAAGUAA